AUGCUACGCCUCUUGACAAGCUUCGCAGCCGUUGGCGCCGUGCUGCCGGCGGCCGAGGCCAUCAUCGUUGCGCCAAACUCGCCGUGCUCGGUCAACUGCGGCAAUGUCCUGGACGCGACGACCCCGGCCGACAUUGUCUGCAAGCCGGACGAGUACACCGGCGGCUAUGACAAUGGAGCUGGCACGGUGUUCCAGGGCUGUGUCCAGUGCGAGCUGAACAGCGGGUAUGCCACGGACGGCAAUUAUACCGAUAAUAUGGCGGCGCUCUAUAACCUGCGGUAUGCUGUAUCAUACUGCGUCUUCAAUGAGCCGAAGCAUGAUGGUUAUACCAACAAUCCGUGUAUUACGAGCAAAGCCUGUGGUGUCUUCGCCGAAGCUAUUGCGUACCAUAACCUAUCAGCCAAGUACGACGACUUUGGCUACUGCGAUAUAUGGCCCACUGGCGACACCAUCGACUACCUCGGCUGUAUCCAGUGCCUUCAAGUAACUGACAACUACUUGGCAAAUUUUGUUACUGCUCUCGAGGCUGGAUGUCAGCAGAAGCCAGCUGCUGGAAAGCAUCUGGGGCUCCAGGGAAACAUCUUUUCAAGCAACGUCGUCAACAUUACUAUUCCCACACAGACCCCGGAGGUAAACCCAGCCUGGUUCGAUCACGGCCCUUUGACUCUGGGUGGAAAAGUUGGCAUUGCCGUUGGAGGAUUUAUUUUCCUGCUGAUCCUUGCUGGGGCAGCCGUCAUCUGCAGAGGCAGGAGACGGAGAAAGGCAUUCCUCAGCAAGUUGCAGGCCAAUAUGCCGCAGAUGGCUUCUAACCACGGUGGCUGGCCAUCGAUGCCUAUGGGCCACGACACUGGCGAAACGCCCAUUAGCCAGCGUCCCCUCCGGAACUGGGAUGACUCUCCCGUGACCAUCAACACCGAGAAGAACUUCCCUCGAUACUUCUCACCCUACUCUUCUCAAUACAACAGCCCUGUCAGUGCUACUGAUGUGAACCACAUGCCAUGGCCGGAGCCAGCUUUGGGUUCUCCUCGCGCGCUGCGGGAAAUUGGCCUUGCACUUGGUUCAGCCGUUGAUGUCAGUAAUACGGCUAAUAAUGGAGGCAAUGAGCGAUGGCCCUUGUCGCCCGAGGACAAGGGCAAGAUGAAGGACGAGUCAUACGAAAUGCAGCACGUCGACAGUGCUGGAGGCAGCGUCGCUCCAGACAAGCGGGCUCUCCAGGUUGAAACUCCUAUCCUAGGACACCCGGGCUACGGGAGAAACUCUGAUAGCCCACCCAGACAAUACGAUGUGAAUGGGCCUUCUGCAUAA